CAAAACAAGAAUCCAUUACCAGUAAAAAAUAGUUAUUGAAUUGAUCCAGAAUCGUGUCACAAUUCUGAAAUUCGAGUUCGAGAUUUUAAAAAUGACCGAAGACUUAAUCGGCGAUGAGGCCUUCGAAUUCGACGAACCAGCGAACGAAGAACGCGAGGAAUACUUCAAUAGAGAAAGAACGCUGAAAUUAAUAGAACUGUUCAAAAUAUACAGGCCAUCGAACGAAGCGAACGACGUGAGAACAAUGAAGGAAAUGUGGGAGAUAAUGUCGCGAGAAAUGAGCGCCCUGUAUCAAAUCCACUUUACUCCCGCAAAGUGCGAAAAUCGCUACAAAGUGUUGGAGCGCAAUUAUAAAAAAAUUGUAAAAACGCUCGAUAAGGGCGAACAGCCCAAGAAAAUGUUCCCGUUCUUCGCGGAAUUUCAAGCCAUAUCGCGCCACAAAAAGUACACCAUAAUACCGGAACUAACUAGCAAAGACUAUGAGAAAUACACCAGAAUCGAUUUCAAUAACAAGGAACCUCCUGAAGAAAUUCCUACUACUUGUCCGAUAACUUACCUACAACUACAAAACGUCAAACAAGAAAUAAUCAACAGCGCGGAAAAUUACGAGGAACCCACUACGGAAUAUCAACAACCCGAACUGAUACCCUCAGAGCAACUGCAGGACUACGACAGCAAGAUUGAGAUCAAACACGAAAAGAAAUUGAAUUACUACCAAGCGGUAGAACCGACCGUAUUUUUCAAUAAAGAAAGACUCACCACAUUGUUCCAACUGUACAAAAAAUACAAUCAGAAGUACCUCGAGAGAACGAUAAAAACCAAACACAGAAUGUGGUACAUCAUCGCCAGGGAAAUGGCCAACAUUUUCAAAAUGCGAAUCACUCCGGCCAAGUGCGAAAACAAAUUAAGGGUGCUCGAGAGGAAUUACAAACGGGCCGUUACGCUCAAACGGAGAUGCGAAUAUCAAAAUGAGCUUAAGGAAAUUUUCGGAAAUAAAAUCGAUAAACAGGCUGAAGAAACACCAGCUGUACCAACUGCAAGCUCCCUACCUUCAACUUCUAUCGGUUCGCCUGAAACUCGACCGGUCACGCAACCGGUCACCUUUCGAUUAUUAGAUGUAAAAUCGAACGUGGAGAACCAACUGGAAACAACACUUACUGCUAUAAGAGACGAUUUUAGAUUGUAUUACACGGAGAGGCUAAACAUCGAAAGGGAAAAACUAGCGCUGAAACGUCAAAAAUUGCUUCUACUGCAAGAACGAGCGCUUUGUGAGGGUACAAGGACACAAGUGUAAAAACUCUUUGAUUAUUUUGCACAAUUUUUUUAGCAUUUAAAAUAAAUAUACUUUAAACCUAUAGAGCGAAUAAGUAUUGAGUUUCUGGUGGUUUACCUCCGAAAUUUAACCUCCCCGCUUGCGGAGUAUGCACCCUUCUCAUUACUUCCUUGACUUCAUUAACACUUAUAGGCGGUUGAUUCAAGUACACUUUACUGUAGUCGGGACUGGGUUCUUCGAAUUUAUGCUUCCCGUUGAACAUUGUAGAAGUGUAGUAGGACCCCGUGAGGUGCUUGAACGGAUCUGUGCUCGAAUUAGCAUCGGCUCUCACCAGCAAAGCGUAAUCGGUAAUCUCAGCUACAGUCUGGUAAGCGUAGUAGGCUAGAACUUCCAACGCGCUAUCUUCGAAGGUGAUUUCCUUCUUCGGAUCGAUCCACAGCCUCAAUUUAACCAUGCACUUGUAGGUGAUGUUCCUGCUCAGGAACGAUUUGCUGCGGGCUUUGCAGAAUUCUAAAUACUUCUUUUCGUCUAACGCCAUGGAUAUUCGAUCGGCUCGCACUUGCCGUUCGUAUUUGACUUCGUCGAAGGCGGCUAAGUCCAUAAAUUCCCCGGUCUCGUCUAUGCUUUCUAUGAAGUCCAGCAGCUCGUCUUUCGGCUUCGAAUCCAAGUCGAUCUCGUACAUCUGCAUCUGUAGCUUGCCUCCGUGGCUUUUGAUUAUCAGGUACUUGACGAACCGCCUCAUUUUGAUUUUGUUGUGGCGCAUGAGAAACACCAGUUCUUUUCCUUUGAGCGUCUUCUUAUCGCCUUCUGAGUAUUUCAGGGCUGCUUGAACUAUAGCCCUCAUUUGUUUCAAAACGAUGCUUUCUACUAAUUGAACUGUUUCGGGAUUGGGUUUGUGGCUGUCGCCAAAACCGAACAUCAUUAGGGAAAUCUCAUUGCAAUAGGUAAUAUUCGAGUCUUCCAUGUUUUCGUAUUUCGAAUUCAAAAUGUAUCAACAAUUCGAUUUUUGUUCAUUUUAUGAUAUUUGAC